AUGUUGAAAGACAAGUAUAGAGAGCAGUGGCCAGCAUGCUUCUUGGGCUCCAGCGACUUCAUUUAUCUGAAUGCUUCGAUGGAAACCGUGUUCGACGAUCUCUCCGCGUUCGCAUAUCUCUCCACGCCUCUUCCCCCCCUUCCCUCCCGCCUCACAAAAUCAAGUGGUGUGACCUACACGAUUGGGCGCCGCGUCCGGGGUGGGCACGGGCGGGCCGGGUCAAGUAAGAAAGUUGACUCAAGAAGCCGGAUCAACAAGCCGACUCAGGAAAUCGAGGUCAAGAAGCCGAAGGUACUGGGUCUCGGCACUGGCGAUUGGGUGGUGGCGCGAACCUGGGCGCGAACUCGGCAAGUCCUGAGAGACGCUAAGCGGCGUAUUUCGGGGGGACCCAUCAGCAGCAUGGAUAUAGCGGCACGAACAGCUCUUUACCUAUUUCAAAUUGCUUGGAUUUUUCCAUCAGACCAAGACAAGUUCUACUUUUCUUCAACAUCUAUUAGUAUUGAGGCUGGGAAACUUGGGGUUGCUGACCCUGUCAGCGCGAUUCCACCUUCGCUGCCUCCGGCGCACGGCGGGAACCCCGGAUGGCCCGGGAAUAGGUCCCAAAAUUCCAUGUACGGGUAG